UGGUGUGACAGGCAAGCAAUCAAAAUGUCAUUUGCAAGAGAGAGACUGAAUGUGCUUGCUGCUCUUGGCACAGGUAUACUAGUCGGGGGUGGUGGUGUGCUUUUAUAUUUUAAGCUUAAUGGGAAUGCCAAUCGUGAAUUGUUGAGGCUAUCUGCAGCUGUUUCGGAUCUUCGAAGGGAGAUAAUCGAAAUCAAAGAGAGACUGAUUGAAACAGCCGGUAGUCGACAAUCAGCAUCUGUGAGUUCGUCUCUUAGACGAAAUAGAGGCAGUGGCUACUUUUCUGUACAUGCCAGUAGUGGUGAAGACGAUGUGUACGAGGAGGCAACAGAAGGUUCCAGUGACUUGGAAUCAAACCGUGACUACCGGACUCCUGAGGCCCGCAGCCCCACCCCAAGUGUUGUGAUCAGUGACACUCUGACUAAUAAAGAGUUUUACGCCGAGGUGGACAAACAUUUGGAUGGCAGUGACUGGGAUAAAGAACAAGCUUAUGAAGCUCUCCAGAAAAGACAGCUCAGGUGCAUGAGUGACCCCGAGUUUUUAUGGAGACUGUCCAAGGCUUGCUAUUUGAUGGCUGGAAUUGAGGGUGAUCGAGGGAAUCCAGAGAAGAAAAAGGAACUAAUGUUUGAAUCAAAGGAUCAUGCUGACUCAGCUAUUCAGUUAAAUGAAGAGUGUGCAAGUGCUCACAAAUGGCUGGCAUGUGCUCUAGGGGCUGUGGCAGAGUAUGGAGGUACUCAAGAGAGAAUCAAAAGUGCCUAUGUGAUAAGAGAUCACAUGCAGAGAGCCAUUGACCUAAACCCCUCUGACCCUACUGCCCAUUACCUUCUGGGACGCUGGUGCCUUGGGGUCUACAUGCUGACAUGGAUAGAGAGAAAGGUAGCGGCUACACUGUUUGGGACACCACCAACAGCUACAGUAGAGGAGGCUUUAGACCACUUCAUACAGGCUGAGGAGUUGAAACCUAAUCAGUGGAAGGAAAAUAUGUUAUUUAUAUCAAAGUGUUAUAUAGAGCUAAGAGAUAUAGAAGAAGCUGUGAAAUGGCUGGAGAAAGCGAGUUUGUUGUCCAGUAACUCAACUGAUGACCGGACUAUCCAGUCAGAAGUGGACGCAUUGUUACAAAAACACAGAGGCUAGAGAGCUCAACAGUACUUUAUCUUUCUGUUAAUGAAGACCUAAAGUCACAUGGUGAUGAAAACUUGAAAACAAGCCGUGACAAGGAAGGACUUACAACCCUGCUUGAUUAACCAGUUAUGACAAGUCCCUUGUACCCUCUCCCCCAACCUCCUCUACUGGCCAUUCUUGUUAUAACUAUAAGAAAGUGUUAGAAAACGUUGGCAAUAUUACAUGAAGGAUAAUAUACUGUUGUUAUGGUUGAUUGUUUUAUUUGUCACACUAUGGACAUGUUUUCAGUCUAUUUGAUUUGAUCCCCCCCCUUCCCCUGUCAAAUCGUAAAUGUGAUUUUAACAAGCUGCCUGCACUGCCUUAGCUUUGUAACCUUUUUCGCAAGACAUUGCAUGAUAAUUUUAUCUCGUUAUACAUCAAGAAGUAAUAAGUAGGACAAAAGUCUGUACAAUGUGCUUGUACAGACUUUCAUUAUUAUUGGUCAGUAUGAAGCUUAAAGUAUUCUCUGCGUUCACAGAAAACACUUGUUUGCCAACCUGUUUUGCAGUGUUGCUUGUUGGUGUUCAACUGUUAUGAGGUUGAAGUGUUAUUUUGAAAUCAAACUUUGCAGUGGUAUGUUCUGUCUGUCCUAUUCGGAAUGGGCCCAGACUUCUUUCUGUCAGUUUCAUGUCGAAUGUUGACACAUUGUAGACAACAUUUAUGAAUUAAUCAGGCUUUUAAUUACUAGUGCCCAAAGUAACUGUAAAAUUCUGUUUAGAAUUUUGACUUAUGUCAGAGCUGGCUUUGCAGAAUAUUCCCCAUAGCCACUUCAAAAUUUAAAAUCACAUCACAAAAACAUUGUGUAAGUAUUGCAGUUACUGCAAGUUAAAAUCUUAAAAGUUUAAUUUCUAUAGCCCAAAAGUAAGGUAAAUUCACAUUUCAGAUUUUGGUCUUCAGGAAUCAGUCACAGUACCACAGUGAAAGAGAUGAGCCAGAAUUAACAAAAGACUGUUUGUAUUUAAUAUGUGAAUGGGGACCAGUCAGUUAUGUCUCACUCCAGGGCUUGAGGUUACCGCAACGUCUCUCAGCCUCAGUUGGGAUUGUACCUCUCUUCAUUGACCUGCUGUUAUAGUAUAAUACAAUAUAAUGCUAGCUAUUGAAGCCAUAAGGCUCUACACUUUCCUCUUUGCUAUCAGCAUUCUUUUCGUAGUGUGGUUUCACUUGUGAGGGUGUAGAGGUGAGAUCGUUAUUCUGAGUGUAACGUUUGUUGAAGACCUCUUCUCUUCCACCAAUAUUGUCUAUCAAGGUACUGAGGAGGACAGUUUGUCAGUAACUUGACAGAUGUUGGUGGUUUACAUCAUGUAGACAGCCCAGUUUCCUUCGCCCAAACAUAUGAACACUAUGGCAUAGAUGCAACAUUAUUGCGUAUGGCAUAAAACAACAAUCAAACAACAAUUGAAUAAGUAAAUUAACUACAAGAGACUUUACCUUGGCAGAUAGUUUGAAGGACUGAAGGAACAGUUUAUUGUUCUGAUAUAAAUUGUGUAUAAAUUGUGCAGAUGGUCUGGUCAGUAACUGCCAGCUAUCAAGUUCAUGUGAAAUUCAUAUACACAUGUUUAUCAAACAAGGGCUAGAUUUGUUUUAGCAUUGUACAGGCUACGGCAGUGUUCUUUACAUAUGAUCUCAUAAAUUGCUCAAUUUUUUUUAAAUGUAUGGAUGUGUAGAUAAAGUAUUAUUGGUGUAAAAGUAGCAGAUGUGUAUUGUUUUAAGUUUUAGCUAAAAUAUCAGAGUACAGUAUAAUGAAAUAUAGUUAUGAUUGACGAUUAUGGAAUACAUGUUACCUGACAAAUAAAUGCAGAAAUAUAUCCCUUGCUUGUUAAAAGAAGGUAUGCAUUCAUUUGUCACCAGCUUUAAGAAACCUGUAAAUCAGUGCAAGUUUUAACUCAGUCGUGGAACAACACUCAGAUAUAGUAUAUUUGUUACUAUGGAUAGUAAAUAUUGUUCUGGUUUCAUGUAUGUGGCAUUUUUUAACAAAUAAUAAGACACCUGCAACUGUAUACAGAAUAGUGGUUAAACUGGAACUGUGACAUGUUUAUCAUGAUUUUAUGAAAUAAGUUGAGUUUGAUGUUAAAGUCAAUUGAGAUUCCGCUGGAGACUGGCUAAACUUCAUUCCUGCAUGGCUAAUACAUUUAAUAUGAACAAAUACAUAUACAUCUGGCGUGUAAGCAAGUUGUGUCAUGUUUUUAGUCCGUAUACUGCUCCGGUCGUUCUACAAAUCUUCCUGAAGGCAGGAUGAAAAAUAUCAGGAUGAAAAAUAUAAUAAAUAGCACAACCACAUUUCGUAUUGACAUUGUAACAGUUAUUUAUUUAACAGUUAUU